UUUCUCACACACACACACACACACACACACACACAAGGACAUGGCACUGCCUCUCCUUGCCUUCUCCUUUGCCUUGUCUCCCUCCUCCUGUGUUGCAGGUGAAAGAAAGGGGCGGGGGAUGGGAACAUUAUAAAAGGGAAAAGGACUCGCAUCCAUUGACAAAACAUUCCUCCCCACACACACAACGAUUGUCCCCAUCGUCGUCGAUUUCUGUCAUUUGUCGAUCAUCGGUGGUUGCCACAUUAGUAUUAUUUUAUUUUGCUUUUAGCAUCAUCAUACAACCCAACAACAACAUCAAUAAUAAUAUGUCCUUUGCACGCUUGACAACGAGCGUGUGCUUUGCGCUCGCCGCAAUCGGUGCCGUAUCCGCCCAAUCCACCAUUGUCGACCCUGUUCCACCCGCACAACCUACUGGAGCACCUGCAGCACCCGCACCGGGCGGCAAUGGAGCUGCCGGCUACCCAAACAUGCCCACCGUGUUCCCUCCCAUUGACCAAACAGUCAUGAUCCCAGACAACCUUCUCCAACAUCCCCUGGUCGCAGAAGGCAUGCGCAAGGUCCAAGCGGCCGUCCCAGCCAGCCUUCUCAACCUCCCCGUCGCAAAAUACGUGGGCACACCCACACCAGAGUAUCCAGGAGGCGCUGCAGCAGCGGCAGCCAAUUGCUACUGGCCCGCCGGCCAAUGCGUCCGUGAUGUCGCAGCCCAAGGUUAUAACGCCGACGUGUCCAAAUGUCCAAACCAAAACGAUUGGGGAAUUACAUACGACGACGGUCCCACCGUGGCUCCCACUGGCCAGUUUGACACAGAAGACAUUCGCACGGCCCUCACAGAUCUCAAUAAUGCCAAAGCCACCUUUUUCGUCUGCGGAACAAACGCAAUCGCGUUUCCCGAUGAACUCAAAAAAUCUUUUGACGCUGGCCACGAAAUCGCCGUCCACACUUGGACACACCACCCCCUAACCUCCCUCACCAACCAACAAAUCGUCGCAGAAAUCUUGUAUACUGAAGCCCAAAUCUACAAGGUCAUUGGCCGUAAACCCAGAUUCUUCCGUCCCCCCUACGGGGAUAUUGACGAUCGUGUCCGCGCCGUCGCAUCUGCCCUCGGCUACACGGCCAUCAUUUGGACUGCCCCCCGCGACACGGAAGACACAACAGCCCAAGGCGCUGAUGGUGUCAACAAGAUUCUCAACACUGCCCGAUCAUGGUUCCAAGCCCAACCCGGUUUUAUUUCCCUUGAACACGAUAUCUCUACCACAACAUCCGAAAUCGCCGUUAAACUCUUGCAAAGCAUUAAAGCCGCUGGUCCAGGCUUUCCACUCAAGAUUAUGCCCGUCGGAACCUGUCUAGGUACAUCUGCCUAUGCUGAUGGUCUUGCUCCCGCUCCCAAUACCACGACCCUCCCAGCUGCGACCACCACAGCUGUGCCGGCCCCCCGUACACAGUCUCCCCCCACGGCCACCACUGCACCACGUACCGGCGCGUCAGGUGAAAAGAGUCUUGCCGUGUCGAUACAACCUGGUGCUUGGGUGGGUGCACUCGUGAUGGGAGUUUUGGCAGUCUUGUAAAAAAAGAUGUUGAACUGUUUGUUGUUUACCUGCUUUGGUUUUGUAUUUUUUUUCGUUUUGUACAUUUGCUAGUUGUAUAGCAUUGUGGUUUUUUUUUUAAUGGAUUGGUUGUGGAUUAGCGGGUUGAAUUUGCUAUUUAGAGAAGAACAAAAAAUAUAUACAAAAACCAGUAUCUCUCUCA